GCCCCGCGCUCCGAAGCCAUGGAGCUGGCGGACGGCGUGGUGUACCAGGAGGACCCGGGCGGCCCCGGCCCGGCCAUGAUGUCGGAGCGGGUGUCGGGGCUGGCGGGCUCCAUCUACCGCGAGUUCGAGCGGCUCAUCGGGCGCUACGACGAGGAGGUGGUGGCCGAGCUGAUGCCGCUGGUGGUGGCCGUGCUGGAGAACCUGGACUCGGUCUGCGCUCACAGCCAGGAGACCAGCGUGGAGCUGGAGUUGCUGCGGGACGACAACGAGCAGCUCCUCACCCAGUACGAGCGGGAGAAGGCGCUGCGGAAGCAGGCCGAGGAGAAAUUUAUCGAGUUUGAAGAUUCUCAAGAACAAGAAAAAAAGGAGCUGCAGAUAAGAGUUGAAGCUUUAGAGUCACAAACUCGGCAACUUGAACUGAAAGCAAAAAACUAUGCUGAUCAAAUUGGCAGACUGGAAGAGAGGGAAGCGGAACUAAAGAAGGAAUACAAUGCUCUUCAUUCAAGACAUACAGAGAUGAUUCAUAAUUACAUGGAGCACUUGGAAAGAGCCAAGCUUCACCAACUGACCGGGGGUGAUCAACUAGAGCCCGUCAUGCACAGUAGAAUUAGAAAGGAGCGUCCUAUAUCACUGGGCCUCUUUCCACUACCUCCAGGAGAUGCACUUCUUACACCUGACACUCAGAGAGGAGCAGUGGAAGCUCCUGGGUCAGACAAUUGGAAGUUCCAUGAACUAAGUCAGCCGCGUUCUCACACCAGCCUAAAGGAUGAACUUUCUGAUAGCCAACCAGGUUCAAAAUCUACUACACCAAUAUCGACUGCUGCUUCAGAUGCGCUUGGAUCUGCUGAAACUCCCCUGAAUGAAGACAGCGAAGGACUUGUGAAGAACUCGGAUACAGGGAACAAGAAAACGGAAAUAGGUAAACACAUUGAAGUGCAAGUAGCUCAAGAGACAAGAAAUGUGUCCAUCGGUUCUAAUGAAAAUGAAGACAAAUCUGAAGUUCAGGCAAUCAUUGAAUCCACCCCAGAACUGGAUAUGGAUAAAGACCUUAGUGGAUAUAAAGGUUCAAGCACUCCUACCAAAGGCAUAGAGAACAAAGCAUUUGAUCGUAAUACAGAAUCACUCUUUGAAGAGUUAUCUUCUGCUGGCUCUGGUCUGAUUGGGGAUGUGGAUGAAGGAGCCGACUUGCUGGGAAUGGGCCGUGAAGUUGAAAACCUUAUUUUAGAAAACACACAACUGCUAGAAACCAAAAAUGCCUUGAAUGUGGUGAAGAAUGACUUAAUUGCAAAAGUGGAUGAAUUAUCCUGUGAGAAAGAUGUUCUGAAAGGAGAGCUUGAAGCUGUCAAACUAGCCAAACAAAAGCUCGAAGAGAAGAAUAAGGAACUGGAGGAGGAACUUAGAAAAGCCCGAGCAGAAGCAGAAGAGGCAAGGCAAAAAGCAAAGGAGGAUGAUGAUAGCGAUAUUCCUACUGCUCAGAGGAAACGAUUCACUCGGGUUGAGAUGGCACGUGUCCUGAUGGAAAGAAAUCAGUACAAAGAGAGGCUGAUGGAGCUUCAAGAAGCGGUGCGAUGGACUGAGAUGAUACGGGCAUCAAGAGAAAAUCCAGCCAUGCAGGAGAAGAAGAGAUCAAGCCUUUGGCAAUUUUUUAGCAGGCUGUUCAGCUCCUCGGGCACCACCGCAAAGAAACCUGAACCACCUGUAAAUGUUAAGUACAACGCGCCAACCUCUCACAUUACUCCAUCGGUCAAGAAAAGAAGCAGCGCUUUAUCUCAGCUACCUAGUGACAAAUCAAAAGCCUUCGACUUCCUCAGCGAAGAGUCUGAGGCCAGUCUUGCCUCACGGAGAGAGCAGAAGAGAGAACAAUACCGCCAAGUGAAAGCGCAUGUUCAGAAGGAAGAUGGCAGAGUGCAAGCUUUUGGUUGGAGUCUUCCUCAGAAAUACAAACAGAUUGUGAAUGGUGGUGGCCAGGGUGACAGUAAGAUGAAGAAUUUACCUGUGCCUGUUUACUUGAGACCUCUUGAUGAAAAAGAUACAUCCAUGAAGCUGUGGUGUGCGGUGGGAGUUAACUUAUCAGGAGGGAAGACGAGAGACGGAGGUUCCGUGGUUGGUGCCAGCGUCUUCUACAAUGACGUAGCGGCUCUGGAUGCUGACAGCAACAAGCAGAGAAGUGCAUCUCAGAGUAGCCUGGAUAGAUUAGAUCAGGAACUCAAGGACCAGCAGAAAGAACUGAAAAAUCAGGAGGAACUAUCGAGCCUUGUUUGGAUCUGUACUAGCACUCACUCUGCUACAAAAGUGAUCAUUGUGGAUGCUAACCAGCCAGAAAACAUCCUAGACAGUUUCAUUGUUUGCAAUUCUCAUGUACUUUGUAUAGCUAGUGUGCCAGGGGCAAGGGAAACCGACUAUCCUACAGGAGAGGAAGGGUCACAAGAAACUGACUCCGGUCUGGUGGACAAGUCGUCUUUGUGUAGCAGUAUGAACAGCAACAGCUCAGCAGAAACAGACAGUCUGUUAGGAGGAAUCACAGUAGUUGGUUGUAUUGCAGAGGGCAUCACGGGGCCUUCUGCUUCCCACAACGCCAGUGGUGCCUCACCUGAGGCAGAUAAACAGCCAGAGGUUGCAGCCGAAGAUAAUGAUGCCGUAGAUGAGAAUGUCCAGACAGCAGAGGAAGCAACAGAGGCAACAGAAGUCAAUGCUGGUUCCGGAGAAGAAGGAGUGGAUGUUGCCCAAACUGGAGUCUACACAGAGCAUGUUUUCACAGAUCCUUUGGGAGUUCAGGAUACCGUAGAGGGUUCUCCAGCAUAUCCACCUUGCAAUGAAUCAGACUUGUAUAAAGAUGUUGCUGUGUUGCCAAAUGAGCAAGAUCUCGUCAGAGAAGAAGCUCAGAAAAUGAGCAGCCUUUUACCGACUAUGUGGCUUGGAGCACAGAAUGGAUGUUUAUAUGUUCAUUCUUCAGUGGCUCAGUGGAGAAAAUGUGUCCAUGCAAUUAAACUUAAAGAUUCUAUACUCAGUAUAGUACAUGUAAAAGGAAUAGUAUUAGUUGCACUAGCAGAUGGAACUUUAGCAAUAUUUCACAGAGGAGUAGAUGGGCAGUGGGAUUUGACCAACUAUCACCUUCUAGAUUUGGGCCGACCUCAUCAUUCCAUCCGAUGUAUGACUGUGGUACAUGAUAAAGUCUGGUGUGGCUACAGGAAUAAAAUCUACGUGGUUCAACCCAAAGCCAUGAAAAUAGAGAAAUCAUUUGAUGCACAUCCAAGGAAAGAGAGCCAAGUGAGGCAGCUGGCCUGGGUGGGAGACGGAGUGUGGGUGUCCAUCCGUUUAGAUUCCACACUCCGUCUGUAUCAUGCACACACAUACCAACAUUUACAAGAUGUGGACAUUGAGCCCUAUGUAAGCAAAAUGCUAGGUACUGGAAAACUGGGAUUUUCAUUUGUGAGAAUCACAGCUCUUAUGGUAUCCUGUAAUCGGUUAUGGGUUGGGACGGGGAAUGGUGUCAUCAUCUCCAUACCACUAACAGAAACUGUAAUCCUCCACCAGGGACGUUUACUGGGGCUGAGGGCUAAUAAAGCAGCAGCAGGUUCUAGCAGCCGCCCAGGCAGUGUAAUACGUGUCUAUGGCGAUGAAAACAGUGACAAAGUGACACCUGGAACGUUCAUACCUUACUGUUCAAUGGCGCAUGCGCAGCUUUGUUUCCAUGGGCAUCGUGAUGCUGUUAAAUUCUUUGUUGCGGUCCCUGGUCAGGUUAUUUGUCCCCCGGCGGGAGGAAGUCCUGAUCUGUCAGGUGAUAAAAUGACACUCACUGCACAGGAGUCCAACAGCCAAGCUUCUUUGAAAUCCAUGUUGGUAAUAAGUGGAGGAGAAGGGUACAUUGACUUCAGGAUGGGUGAUGAAGUUGGUGAAUCUGAACUCCUCGGAGAGGCCCUGCAACUUGAGCCUUCUGUAGCCAAAGCUGAAAGGAGCCACCUGAUAGUGUGGCAAGUAAUGUGUGGCAAUGAAUAACACUCCCCAGCCCUGCGGAAAGCAGCUUGAGACUUUGAAAACAUUUUGCAUGUCUUUGGUUUUUGUUUUCAUUGUUUGCAAAACCCAUUUCACUGCAUACCGUCUGAGCAUUCCUUUGCCAUUUGGCUUUAUAUCACAAACCUCUCAAACCUUAACAAUACAGGAAUCGGCUCGUGCUGUUUUACUGCAUCAAUGUUACGUAGCGAGAACAGAUCUGUUUUCGCCAAGCAAACGGAAGCUCUGCAUCUUUACUGUAUUGCUCCGUCUCUGUUUGUAGAAGAAUUUGUUUCGUUUGACAAGUGU